CUAACAGUUCAUAAAGAUGACAAACGAAAUAUCAAUAAAUAUUCUAACUUUAAAUUGCUGGGGAAUACCAUAUGUUUCACCAAAUAGAAGUGCUCGUAUGACAGCAAUUGCAGACAAAUUUGCUACUGAAAAUUAUGAUAUUAUUUGUUUACAAGAGAUAUGGUCAAUUAAUGAUUUUAAAAUGAUAAAAGCUAAAACACAAGAACAAUUACCUUAUUCGCAUUAUUUUUAUAGUGGAGUUAUUGGAUCUGGACUUUGUAUUUUGUCUAAAUUUCCUAUUAAAGAUGUAAUAUUUCAUAAAUGGCCUUUAAAUGGAUAUGUGCACAAAAUACAUCAUGGAGAUUGGUUUGGUGGAAAAGGUGUCGGACUUUGUAAACUUCAAAUUCAUAAUUGGAAUGUUAAUGUCUAUAUUGCACAUUUACAUGCAGAAUACAAUAAACACAAUGAUGAAUAUAUAGCACAUAGAGUUUUACAAGCUUUUGAUACUGCCCAAUUUAUUAGAAUGACUUCUGGUGGUGCUGAUUCUACAAUUUUGGGAGGUGAUCUUAAUACAGAACCUCAAGAUUUAGUCUAUAGAAUUAUUUGUGGUGUUGCUGGUUUAACAGAUGCUUGCUCAAAUAGUUCAAGUAAUUUAGGAACCAAUGAGUGUGCCAAUAAUAGUUAUACUAAUUCAAAACAUGCAAAUACUCUUCCUGAUGGAAAACGUAUAGAUCAUAUUUUAUAUCAGGGUACAAAAAAUGUUAAGAUAGAAAUAACAAAUUUUCAACAUCCUUUUCCAAAUCGGGUACCUUACAAAAACUUUAGUUAUUCUGAUCAUGAAGCUAUUAUGGCAACUUUUAAAUUUAGUAUUGGAGAAUCUAAAAUUAUAAAUAUAGAUAUCAGAGAUUCACUAAAAGAAGCUAUUAAUAUAUGUGAAACUUCAUUAAAAAAUGUUCGUCGUCAGCGAUUUUGGUAUUUAUUAUUGGGAUGUAUAUUAAUUAUACCACUUAUUUGGUCUAUAGGAUUGGAUUGUUCUUUUACAUCUCUCGAUGUAAUUAUUGGACUUAAUAUAGGACGUAUCUUUCUAACAGCAAUAUUGUGUUAUACUUUGUUUAUGAGUUCUAUAUGGAAUAGUGUAGAAAAGAAUGCUUUAAAAGCGGCAUGUUUAGGAAUGGAAAUUUGUUUAGGAAAUUUAAAUAAUAAUUUAUCUAAAAAGUAAAAUUGUAUACACUUUCCAAAGUAUAAUUAAAAAUUUAAACUUCCUUUUUAAAUUAUUCUUCAAUUAUUCAGUUGAAAAAUCAAACAAUAUCAUCUCUAAUAAAAAUAUAUUUUCUUACACAAU